AUGAGUAAUCUAGGAGAAUACAUCGACACAGCAUCAACAUUCGGGUCUUCACCCCUCUUAGUUUCUCCGUCAGGUGAUACUAUCCCUCUCUCGACUGGAUAUAUCCCUCUUCUUACAAACUAUACAUUGGAAGACGAAUCUAGAAAAGAACUUCGAAAAGAAAAUAAAGAUGUCGAAAAAGAUUCUCUGAACUACUUCUCAGCACUCGAACUCAUACGUGAUAAUCAGUUCCUGCUACUCACCGGGCCCAGUGGGAGCGGCAAAACGACUUUCGCAAAACAUCUUGCUUUUUGCCUAGCGACUACCACUACGAAAUCAGUUGGAGGUGGUUUUAUUGCGAGAAAUGGGCCAACUGAUGUUCAGAACGAGUUUUGGGAGUUUGAAAAUUCCGACAUAAUACCUUGCUACUUUCCCAUCUCCAGCGUCUCUCAAUUCUCAAUAUUGCUUCUGGAAACGCUACCUCAACUUAUUGAGAGCUGCAAGGAUAGUAGCAAACCAGCGUGUCUAUUGAUCAUUCGUGAUUCUAUCGAGUCUCUUGGAGAAGAAGGGCCACAACUUUUAAGGUCUAUGGUCCAUCUAAUCCAGAAUCACGAACAAGCUUCUAUAAAACUACUCGUCCUUGGAGAAAGCAGCAUCGUGAAGAAUUGGAUUUUAGGCUCCGAAAUAAGAAGACACGAUAUACUACCACUUUCUCAAGUCAAGAGACGCAUGUUCUUGCGCAAUAUAAAUGGCACCAAUAUCGAAUACGAAGAUAUCGAGAUUGAAAUCGGUGAAGCGGCAAGUCUCCCAGCAUAUUUUGCGCUUGCGUUAGAGACCGCUCAUCAUGGAGGAAAGGCAGAGGAUUUAUUGGAUGAAUGGCUCCACGUUGUGCUUUCUGAAAACUAUAACGAUAGAAGAAUCACACGAGAGGCAUUGGAGCAUUCAGCCCAGGAAGCGGAGCAGGGCAUUCAAACUCCAUUUUCGUGUAGAUUGACGAUUAGGAAUCCAGCGGUCUUCUCGAAAGCAAUACAACACUUAUUAGCUGCGCACCAGCUUGUUGAAGAGGACACACAAGUAGCUAUUGAUCUAUUUAAUCAAAAUCCUUUUUUGGCAGAACCGAUUAUUCGCAGUUGGUUAGUACGCCUUAGAGAUGUAGGAAGCCCAGAGCUACUUAAAUCUCUUGAGGGGCUGAUUGCAGGUUCUGGAGCAAAUGCACAACUAGGCGCGCUACUAGUUUCAGAUUUCAUCUCUUCGUCCAGUCCACUGCAUCAACGAGUUUCCAAUCACAUACUAGCGAUUAUCAAAGAAGGCAUAUUACCCAUUACCCAAAGACUAAACGCCGGCCGUACAAUUUCUCUACUUGGAGAUCCUCGAGAUCUAACAUCCCUCACCACCGUUCCUUCCAACACAUUCACAAUUGGUUCUUCCACCCACCCAAAUUCAUCACCUCCCCAUUCUAUCACCAUUUCCUCGUACUGUAUCGGCGUCUUCCCAGUUGUGAAUCGAGAAUAUGCGAUUUUUAUCAAAGAAACGGGACGGAACUGGAAUAGUCCUGAUGGUUUAUCCCCCUCUAAAGAUAAUUUCCCAGCUACAGAUCUCACCUGGUACGAUGCGCGCGCGUAUUGUACCUGGUUAACAGCACGCUGGCAAGCAUCCGGGAAGAUUGCUCUCGAUGAGGAAGUCCGUUUACCCACUGAGCCGGAAUGGGAAAUUGCUGCUCGAGGUUCUCAGGUAUCUGGCAAUGAAAUAGAAUCAUUGUAUCCAUGGGGCACAGAAUGGAACGCAGGUUAUGUUAAUUACAAAGAUUUACCAUUCACCGAGCGAUGUUCCGUUGGUUUAUUCCCUAAGAAUAUUUCUCCAUUCGGAUGUUUCGAUAUGGUGGGGAAUGUGUGGGAAUGGUGCAGUACAUUGUGGGGUGAAGAUGUGAGUACAUCAUCUUUUUCAUAUCCCUAUCAAGGAGAUGAUGGGCGGGAAAAUGCAGAUGCGGAUGCGAAAAUUAGAAGGGUGAUAAGAGGAGGAUGUUUUAGUAGUUCGAGGGAAGAGGUUUCUUGUACGUGUCGUGGGAGUCUUGAACCGAUGGAAUGGAGACGCGAGAAUGGCUUUAGAAUUGUGGUUGCAAAUACACGAAAGUAA